AUGGAGUCUUCUGAACCUGAGCCCCUGCAAAAACUCCGCGAUCUCGUUACUGGGAGUCAUUGGCGCAAGUGCUGCUUCUCUGGAGAUGGAGAAUUUGUCUGCGCGGGCUCAAUGAAACAGCACUCUAUCUACAUUUGGGAACGGGCCAGUGGAACCCUCUUCAAGAUUCUUCAUGGUCAAAAGGGGGAGACGUUGCUAGACGUGGUCUGGCAUCCCUUGCGUCCGAUUGUCGUCUCUGUCUCCAACUCCAUUACUAAGGAACAGAUCUCGAUUUGGGCGCAGACGCAAGUGGUGAAUGAAAUUGCAUUGCCAACGUUCUCACUUGACUUACUCUUAAUUUGUCGGAUUCCAUUAUUUUCCUCAUUUGCCGUGGUAGUUAUGUCCUCGUUGGUUGUUUAA